CACUGUGCCGCCGCUAGUGCUGAUCGCGAUUGUGAGCCAACUUCACGUGAACGACGCUCUUCAAGUUUGCUAUACGGCAUAUCACAAAGUCUAUAACGUCGUCGCACAAUUCAAAUCUAACGUGACGUAGUUUACACGCGCUGUUUACUCAUCCAGAAAAUAAUGCCAGAACAAAUUUCGAAAAUUUCAAAUCGACUACGCCGGUGUGUCUUUUUGCCUGAUAUUUUAAUUCUUGUGUACGACGACAACUAGAAGACAUUUAGUCUCUUCAACAUUGCGAACUUUGCUUUUCAUAUUAGGACUGUGAAAUAAAAUGUGACGAAUAGUGAUAUUUCUUCCCUGUGCUACAUGAUUUCAAUAAGUCUUACUUUACGAGUGAUGUGAAAUUGUUUUAAAUAUUAAUAACAUUUGCAACUUGUUGUAGUGCCAUUAAAAACUUAGCUUUAUCUCUAAUCAAAUUAUUCUAAUCGUUGAUUAAAGUCAAAUUAUAUACGUAAAUUUAAGGUGAAGUGCUGUAAUAAAUAAUUAUUGGAAUUCAUCCAAAUAUCGUCAAUAUUGUGAAUGAACUAACUUUUAAAUGUUUAAAUCGGGAAUAUUCAACCGCUCAAGAGGCGCGAUGGGUGAACCAAUUGAAGUAGAAGAUAGUCUCGAGCUUGAAUACGACAUGUGGGACGGUCAAUUUGACUUCGUAGGACCCCAGGACCCGCCACCCGGGGCCCGUGUUCGGGUAACUUCAAAUGCUAGCAUUACGGAGGAUUUGUUCACGGGGGGACCACUGACUCCUCAUCUGAAUAAUGGAUUGAAUGGAGGAAAGAAAACUGCUGCACAUCAAUGGUGUGAUAAUCUGUCUGAUCAAGUUCUAUUACUACAACAACAAGUGACGACACUGGCGGAUACACAGAGCACGGCAGAUGAACGCUACGCCAGGGCGAAGGCUGACAAUGCAGUGCUACAGGCCAGGUUGCACAUGCUCGACGAACAAAUACGAGAGAUUGAAUGCCGCUGCGAAGAACGCAUAGCUGAUGAACAGAAAAGAUGUAGAGAUGCCAUCGCGCGCGUGGAGCGUGAGAGGGAUACACAACAAGUUGCACUCAAUGACCGACUUGUAGCCGCAGAAACUGAAGCUUCUGAUCUUAAACAAGAGGUGGGACGUCUUAGAGGUGUAGCAGAAACACUACGAGCAAACGCUGAAAUUUCUACGCGGGCACAUCGCGAAGCUCAAGAACAAAUAGGAGAACUGGUGGCUCAGCUAAACGCUGCCCGUGAAGCUGAAAGACGAGAACGCGAAGCUGCCACUGCCACUGCUGAAAUGCUGACCGCUGCUAAAUUGGAACUCCAGAAAGUAACGGAAGCUCCACCCCCGCCUCCUGAUCCUCGUUUAGACGAACUAAGGAAGGAGCUAACAUUGCUAAGAACACAAAACAAAUCUUUAUCAGAAGCUCAAGAGGAACUUCAAGCACAAAUAUUGACGCGCGGCGUGGAGGAAGGUCGCAGUCUGCUCGACGGCGUAAGUGGACCUCUCGUUGGCACCACCUCCCUCGCACACGAACUUUCUCAAAUGAGCGACGAUGAGCUCGAUGGUAGUGAUACACAAUCAGAUCUCAGCAUAGAGAUGGAAAAGUUGCAGAAAGCUUUAAAGGAACAACAAGACGUAAACGUACAAUUAAGAAAUUACAUCGACGGCAUAUUAUUGGCGAUCGUGGAAAAUUAUCCACAACUAUUAGAGGUGAAAUACCAAAAAGAAGCUGGUGUUAAUAAAUCAUAACGUUUAAUCAUUAUCAUCUAAUUACUUAAAAUAAAUUAUAUGCAUAAAAAUUAUACAUCAAUAUUGUUAUAAUAAAAUUUAUGUAAUUAACAAAUCGAAUUCAAUGGUUAUAUACUUAUAUAUAUUAUUAUAAAAUUAAGUGUUGUUUAGUUCAAAAAUUUGAUAAUAAUGUUGGAUUCUACAAUGAAAUAAAUAUGUGUAAUACUGUGAUAAAAUUCAUGAAAGGAUUUUUUUAUUCUGUCUUCGUUAGGUAGAUAUUAUUCAAGAUGGUAUUGUCAUUUGGAAUUGUAUGUAUUUAAUCAUUAUUAUAGAGCUUUAUGUAACUCUAAUUAAAUACAUUUUUGUUGUAAAUAUUGUACCUAUAGACAUAAAUAAUAGUUAAUGUACGCGUACAGUCGCAUAAAAUAAUUUUAAUAACAAGUAAACGACUGUAGCUUGUUUACUUGUAAUAAACUUAACGUAAUUAUUAUUAUUAUUGUAAGCGACUAUACCGAAUAGUUAAUAAGUUCCUUAUAAUAUCUCAAGGCAUGUGGCCUUUUUAAACAAUGUUUUGAUAACAUAAGCAAUUUUAGAGAUCUGUAUAAAAAAUAGUUUAGUAUAAUUUUAAUAUCGACAAAGGCCAGGCCGUCCAUAACGAUAUUAUUUCAAUAAUACUUAGAGCCAAUUUUAUAAAAGACUGGUAAGUAUUCAUAAUGUUAGAUGCAAAUAUAUUUUCUCCAAUAAGAAUGUUAUGGCUUCUAAUAUUAUUUAAGCCAUCCAAUGUAAAGUGUGUAUUCGUAUAUGUAGCCACACUUGAUAGUACCUAAAAGCUUCUAUGGAUCAAAUUCACGCCCGAUCGUUCGGGCCGAUGUGCUGAGUGCUGUCCUAAGUAACACGUAUUGAAUUAGUAGUACUCUUCUCGAUAUUUUAUCCCAUUAUCUCCUGUACAUCUCGAAAAUAGUUCAAAAUACGAAUAACUUAUUUUGUUAUUGUUACGCCCUAUCAUCCAUAUCAAAGAACGAGGUCGUGAUAAAUAAAACUCAACUUAGAAAAGCUAACUACUGCGACGGCAUUUAAAUAGAA